GCUCUUACUACUAAGAUAAGAGCUCUUCUAUUUCCACAGGGAAGAGACUUUAAUGGGGUGGUUUUUGAGCAUCAACGGAAUGUAAAAUAUCAGGUAAUGUUGGAUGAACCAGUGGAGAACUAGUUCUAUGCUAACUAGUUUAGACCUAUGUAUGACGGAUAGUUGCAGAAAAUGAUUGUAUUAUGAUCAUUUGUGGAUUUGAUCAACAGAUUCAAUUUUUGGCCUCUCUAUCAAGUUUUGAGGUUGAUAUGUCCUAUAAGAGAGUCAAGGGAGCCUUUAAUGAGGUUAUUUUUGCAACAUUUCUUCCUGACCAUAACAAGGUUUUCACACUGCUCCAGGUCUUUAUCAAUCAGGAAACAGCUGAAAGCUAUAGACUUUUAUUCCAACAAGUAUUCUCUCUUAUUUCUGAAGUAUGUGAAAGACCAGUUGAGUUCCAUUAUUUACAUAAUAGUGGAAUAAAAGCUGUUGUGGUUGAUAUGGAUGCAAAACAGAUGUCCGGUCUUGGCCACUAUCUCCAAUCUCUUGAUCCAUUAUGUCGACCGUGGACAUGGCAGCUAAAAAAUAUUGUUAUUUUUUGCCAUGUCCACUUCAAGCGAACAAUCACUAGACUAUUGGGAUCAGAUAGAGAUUUAGGAUCUGAAGAGCUGUAUCAUUCUCCCUGGUUUAGAAUGAAAAGUCUUCUAUCUUGUGAGAGUGAAGAUGACUAUUAUCAUUUGAUUGCACUUUUACAAGAUAAUGAGAGUCCAGAGAUUGUUCAGUGGGCUGAGCAUAAAAAACACCCUGUUAUUGCAGCUGGUCUAAAUAAGGCUUGUUCCUUGAUGAAUCCUACCUUUUUUGAGUCUACAAGGAAUAUUACAAAUGCUGUUGAGCAGAGUCAUUACAAGUCAUACUGGAUGGGUGUGUAUGAUUCUUUGCUUGGUGCCACAUUGGGGUCUUUCACCAUUGAUCAAUGUGAUAUUGAUCAGUACAAUGCCAGAGUGGCCUUUGGAAUCUAUCACAAUUCCAGAGAUAAUAGUCUUGAGACCCAAUAUUACAAUCAUUUGGGCAAUGAGAAUGCAUGAAAAAGAAAACAAAUCAAUCAUUCAGAUUCUCAACAGUCAGAUGUAGGAGAUGAAAUCCUAUUCCAGUCCAGCUCCUCUGGCUUUAUACCUGCAAGAAGAAGAGGUAGCUCUCAAUCUUCUAGAGGUCAGGCUUCACAGUCACCAUCUGUGGUAUCCUUAAGGUCAAGACAAUCUGUCAAUUCUUCAUCUGCAAGGUCAUCAGUUCAAGCACAGUAGGUCAUCUCAUAGAA